GUCCAUCAUUAUAACCAAAAAAAAAUGUUUUGUUUAUGUUAUUAUAUUUAUAAACAUUAUUUUCGCAUUGCGGUGAAAUGAAAAUCAGGCACUUCUAGAUGUGAAUGUGUCAGGAAACAAUCGGACGACAUGGAAAUGCAAAGUCAAUCUAUAGCGCUGAGUAAGAGCGUAGAAAGUGAAGGAUUCGAUCUGCAAGCUGGCCAAACAUGGACCUACCCGACAAAUUACCCCAUCAGAGAUUACCAACACAACAUCACUAGUGCAGCACUGCAUAAAAACACCCUGGUCAGUCUGCCCACGGGUCUGGGCAAAACCUUCAUUGCAGCCGUGGUAAUGUACAACUUUUACCGCUGGUACCCACAAGGGAAAAUCAUCUUUAUGGCACCAACCAAGCCGUUAGUUAAGCAACAGAUUGAGGCUUGCUACAAUAUCAUGGCCAUACCAGCUGGAGUGACUGCCGAGCUUACUGGAACGAAAGCGUCUUUGUCUCGCGCAAACAUUUGGCUGGAAAAACGGGUGUUUUUCGUUACGCCGCAAGUUUUGCAGAACGACUUGGAUAAAGUGGCCCAACUGGGCAAAAGCAUUAAAUGCUUGGUUUUUGAUGAGGCCCAUAAAGCUCGAGGAAAUCACGCUUACUGCCAAGUGAUUGCAAAACUGCUUAAAAAUGGUCAUAAAUAUUUCCGCGUUUUGGCCUUAAGCGCAACACCUGGCGGAAAUAUUAAUGAUGUUGCUGAAGUAGUGAACAACUUGCUGAUUUCCCAUCUGGAGUUCCGAACAGAGGAAAGCGUGGAUGUGCACCCGUAUGUUUUCCAAAGGUCUUUAGAAACGGUUGUGGUGCAUCUGGAUGAAAAGCUUUUGGAAAUUAAAGAAGAAUACAUGAAGAUAGUAGAAUACUAUGCAAGAACCCUAAUCCAGCACAACAUAAUCCAAGGAAAUUGCGGCUGGUUAACGAAGGGGAAAAUCUUCAUGCUAAUGAAGGACUUUCAGAGCAAAAACAAAGGCCAUAGUACUUCGAACUACUCAGAAAUAAUGAGAUGUUUAAAUAUUUGCGUCACGUUAUAUCACGCGCUGGAACUGCUCAUCAGACACGGGCUGCGAAACUUCUUGUCCUUCUUCGAUGAGCACAUUGAAAAGCCCCUUUUAAGAGGCAACACAAACCUAAGACUAAUCCUAGAACAAGUUAGGGCCUAUCUAGGCCCCAUCCCUCAAAUGCAGCUCCUACCCGAUGGAACCUACCCAGCGAUCCCCUCUGACAUCAAAUUCGGCCACCCAAAGCACUACAAAUUGCGUGAUCUUCUCACUAAACAUUUCAGAAACGAAACCACCGGAAACAGCCGCGUUAUGGUGUUUUUUGAGUACAGAGAGUCAGUGAUGGAAGCGCACACUUUGCUGCUCCAAUCCCGACCGCUCAUCCAGCCGAGGGUGUUUCUGGGACAGGGAUCUGGAGUGACGCAAAAGACCCAGCUAGGUGUCGUCAGGGACUUUAAGGAGGGCAGGUGCAACACUUUACUCUCCACCUGCAUAGGCGAAGAAGGGCUAGAUAUUGGGGAAGUUGACCUUAUCGUCUGCUUUGAUAUUUCCAACAAAUCCCCCAUUCGCAUGGUCCAAAGAAUGGGGCGAACCGGGAGGAAACGGGAAGGAAGUGUUCUGGUGCUGGUAACGGAAGGGAAGGAGCAACAGACGCUCAAAGACUGUCUUAUUCAUAAGAACAACAUCUCCACCCAUGUGCUGGGGUCAAGCUAUUUGAGGAAUAACCUCUAUCCGGAUAAUCCUAGUCUUAUUCCCGCCGAUCUGGUUCCGAGAUGCGAGAAAAUUUUUAUCACUGUGAAAGAAAAACCCUCGAAAAACUCACUGCUGGAUAAAUUGAAACAGCACUCAUCCAGAGCAAUAGUAUUCAGCCAAGAUUCCGUGUCUUGUUCUUCCAGUCACCAAGAUUUAAUUACAGAAACUCCAAUGAGGUCCACUUUUUCAGGAAAUCCGUUGGAAGUUCCGACACAUGCACCACUCUUCAGUCGACACAUCGAGAGCAUGCGAACGCCACAAAAAGCCUGCCUGAUUGGGCACUCUGAGAAUGCUUUACUUCUAAGUGACUUGCUGUCUUUUGCCGAUGCAAAGCGUUUUAAUAUCCCGACAAAAACUCAAGGGAAAAGCGAUGAAGAUCCCGGAAAGUCCCUAAAACAAGGCGACAUUAGAAGGAUGUUUCUCCAAGAAAAGCGCCCAGCUUCGGUGGAAGAUUUCGAAAAAGAAAUAUCGUCGAUCUCAACAGAAACCCUUUUGAUAUCCCAAAGGGAACCCAAAACGUUCCCAAUCGACGACAUAUGCCGAAGUAUUUCAAACUACUUAUACGAAGAACUCACUCGUUCUACGCCAAAUUGCGUAUUCUGCCCUAAAGGAUUCGACUGCUCGAACUUUGUUGUUACAAAUCCUUCGGCGACCUUCAGCCAGACAAUAAUCAUCCCAAAUGAGGAAAUAAUCCAGCAAAUAGAUCUGCAGAGCAUCGAAGAUUACAUGGCAAUAAUCGAUGGAAAUUCCUACGCGCAACAGUUAGUUGAUGAUGAUUUGGACACUUUGUCGCAGUUUGAAGAACAGUGCGAGCCUAUGCAUGAACCUCCCAAAGAGCAAUUUCAUACCUUUGAAGCUCCUAAAGGUUUCUUGCGGCUAAUGGACACGUUAAUUGAAGAUGAAGAAGCAAUUUCUGAUGAACAUCUGCUCGAGUUCUUCAUGCUUCAGUCAUAUCAGGAGGUUUUUCAUCAAUCAAGUCCUGUUGAAAUUGAAAAUUGUGCUAUCGCAGAUAUGUGCGAUCUAUCCUAUUAUGGACUAAGCGAACAAGAUAUUCGGGACUUUGAGGCUAAAACCCAACAGAUUACGUCCAGCUCCAAUGAAGUAGCAAAUAAUGGAAUAACAUGUUGUGUUAAUCAUGAAAAAAACGAAAAAUGGCAUUUAGAAUUGAGCCAAGAAUCAACCUUGUUCAAGAAUAAUGCGUCUUUAAUCACUCAUGAAUUUUAUGAUGAAGAUGCCACUCCUCCAGACAUUGUGGCACCUCCAGAGGAAACAAGUGGCAACGUUAGCAUUACUCAAUUGGUGAAUAUUUUGAACAAAACUCAAACUACCAGCAGCAACAGAAACCACACACUGAACGGUUCAGCUCCGCGGUUUUUUGGAGAUUCUGAUGAUGAUUUUGAAGAGAGCAUCUUGUGUAACAGAAGUCGAUUUCAUGGACAAAAACAACAGAAGUCGGCGAGUCAGAAGGAGAAUGUGAAAAUUGCCACUUCUACCAAAGUCAGAAAACAUGCAAAUAAAGCCAAAGAUGGAAACGAAUUCUUGGACCUUGAGGCAGAAGUAUCAAAUGAAGACAGCGUCUUCAUUUCCGAUGAUGAGGAAGAAAUCUCCGAUGGCUACGAAAUCAGUUUUGUGAAUGACAAAUCCCAACUAUUCAACACGGAAAUUCACGGCAUGUAUUUACGCUCUGUAAAAAGCCCGCGCCAUCGCCAUCGAAAGCCCUUAUUAGAGCAAAAGCCUAUGAGACUUAGCCAAAUUUACUCCCAGAUGCCGCCAGAAGAACCAGACGAUUAUCUUGAGGACUCCUUUUGCGUGGAUGUUGAUGACGAAGAGCUAACGCAAAUCAACCAACUAUCGCAGCUGAGCGUUUUGGAGAAAAAACUACAAAUCAAACGCAAGAACAAAGCCUGUCAUAGUGCCGAGCCCCAGAAGCCCAAACGACGGAGAAUCAAGUGCCUUUCAAGUGAUAGUGAUUAAGUUUUGAAAUGGUUUGCACAAUAUAUUUAAAGAAAACAAAGCUGAAUUAUUCGCCAGAUCCUAACAAACCCAAAAUUCCACAUUUCGAACAGCUGAAAUGAAGCAUUUGAACACAUAAAGGAACGGGAAGGAUUAAAGGUAUAUGGCUCAAGUAAAUGAGAGUUGUUGUUGAUUGAGGAUAGUGCACAAAAUAAAAGAUAUUGUUCCUUACUUAACACCUGUAUGUAUUAAGUCACAUCUUACAAAUACGAUUCAGGAAAUUCAAAAGUAA